CACAACAAUUAAUAUGACUGUAUAAAAUUUUAUAUACAUCUAGAUUCUUUGACUCUAAAAGAUGUGUAAAAUUAGAAGAUAACUUGAAUGAUAUUGGUAUAAAAAUUUGAUAUUUGAAUAAAAUGUAAAGGAAAUUGUAACAGCAUAUGCUGUAGAUCAGCUAGCUCCCCAUAUAUAUAUUUUCAAGUCUUAUUUUUUUGUAGACUGGAGUCAUACAGUGAUUGCUUCUUAUUCGGAAUACAUAGUUAGAAAAACAUCAAGAGGUAGAAACAAUACAAUUAUCAAUAAAUCAGUUUAACUGGCAGCCUAUGCAGAUGACAUAAAUAUCAUGAGCAGAACCAAAGCAACAGACGAGAAUACGCACACGGAACUUAAAUUACAUGCUAAUCAAAUAGGCCUGUCAAUAAACACAAAAAAACAUUAAAAUCAUAGUACAAAGACGAUCAGAGAAACAAAACCCUACACUUACUGAAAAGUAGAUAGCUUUAUCUAUUUAUGAGUCAACAUCACAAUAUCACAAAAGACAACAUUGACGAUGCAGAGCUUAAAGAAAAACAUCCUAGCCAAUUCGGAUUACUUUGCUAUGAGCCCAAUAUAUAAAUCACCAGACGUACACCAAAGAACAAGAUACUAAUCUACAAUUGUACUGUACAAAUGUAAUGAGACUAAUACUAGACCCUAUAAACUGGAAGAAAACAGGUUUCAAAAACUGUUGAAUGCAAGAAUGCAGGGGAAGAGACCUACUGGAAGACUGAGAAAGCAAUGGGAGGAUAAUGUGGGUGAGGACGCAAGAAAUCUCAUUAGCAGUUGAUUGUGGAGGAUAUAGACUGUAACGAAUUGGAAAGAUUUGCUUAGAGAGGCCAGGGCUCGAAUCGGACUGUAGAGCCAUAGGGUUGAUUGAGCAAAGAAAAAAUUCAAAAACAAAUAAAAAUCCAGGCUCUGCUUCAACAAUUAAAAACUGUAUGUGGUUGUAAUAUAGAAAAAAUUAUCAUCUUUAAAUAAGAUAUAUGAACAUAACAGAAUAUAAAUAUCCAGUAGUAUAUCAAAUCAAUGCUUAUCCAUAUACUUGCAAACCACAGCCUCAAAACAUAGAAUAAGUAUAAAUGAAUCUGUAAUCUACAUUUCGAGCAGAUCCAGACAUCCAACACGGAAUUUAAGAGAAAUAUGAAUACUAUUUAAAUUAAAAUACAUUGCAAUUCAGUAUAAGGAAAUACUUGAGACAUGCUGAUGACACUAAAAAACGCAUCAAAUCAAGAAGAAAUGGAAAACAUGAGAUGUCUGGAGGAGAAAAGCAAAACAUAUGGACUAAAGCUAAAUAGGAGUAAGACAAAGAUCAAGAUAGUAGAUAGAGCUCAGAAAAAUCUUCAUUACAUUAAAGAAAUUGGCGGCUUUGAAGUAGUAAAUAGUUUCAUAUACCUGGAGUCCCUAAUAACAAAUGACGGAGGGUGUGAUAGAGAGAUACGUAGAAGGUUGACUAUUGCUAUAACAGCUAUGAUGAAACUGGUAACUGUUUCGAAAAAUUCUAGCCUAACAAGACACACAAAACUAAGGCUGGUAAGGGCACUCAUUUUUCCCAUAGCCACAUAUGCAUCCGAAACGUGGACCUUAAAGAAAGCGGAUAAAAAUAAACUAGAUGCUUUUGAAAUGUAAGUAUACCGCUACAUGUUAAGAAUAUCCAGGAUUGAUCAUCGCACUAAUGUAUCGAUAUUAGAACAACUUAAAGGAUAGAUUGCUUAAACAAAUACAACAGAGAUAUUUGCAGUAUUUUGGACACAUUGCUAGAAGAACAGGUACGAUGGUAAAACCGAUAGUUGAGGGUGAAUUAAAGGAAAGAAACCUAGGGUAAGUUCUCCAAGCCGUUGGGUAGAUCAAACAAAAAUCUUCCUAAGACUGUUGAAAGAGCUUCUGGCUUUUUCAAUGCGAAUUUUUAUUUUGUAGCUGUGAUCCCAAAUAUCCUUAAUAUUGCAGCCCAAAUAGCAUAUUUUUUGCACUCUUUCUAACACUGUAUCAUUAAUUAUAAUUUGGGCGUCUAUGCUUGCGUUUAUACUUGCUACAUACAUUUAGGAAUUUUUGACAGGAAAUGCUUUUAAUACAUCAUUUAUAAUAGCUUUCCCCCAAAUAUCAUUUCUUACAAAAGAAGUUCUUGAACAAUAUAGUAACCCCUUUUUGAUGACGCCACUGUCUACUAUUUAAAAUUAUCAGGAAUCCAAAAAUGAAUUUAAUUUGAGAAGCAAAUAAUAAUACGAAAAUGUGUAGCUUGUAAUCAAAACGUGUUUUAAAGAUAACAUAAAAAUUGAAUACAUUAAUAAACUAGUGCAAGUAAAAUAAAAAUAGUAACUUCAUUUCUUUAGAAUUGUUCCAGGAUUAAUUCAUGGGCAGAAUGGAAUUUAUAUAUUAUGUAAAUUACGGUGUCAAUAUAUAUCACUGUGUGGAGUGUGAUCCUUGUAUCAUUAAGGCCCUACUCUGUUUCAAUGCAUGUGAAUUCAAUUAACUUAUUAGAUUGUCAGGACAAGUACUAUAUUCCAAUAGCAUCUGCCUUAUGCAUUCUUUAAGAACAAGGACCCAACUUCACUGUAGAUAGAUUCCAACUGAACACUAAUCACUACAAAGAACUCAUUGUAAAAUCUUUAGUUUUAUAUUUUGACAACAAACUAAAUUGGGAGCAGCACAUAUGUAUGUUUGUUAAAAAAUUACCAGCAAUAACCAUAUUGGAACAAUUUGCAUAAUAUCUAAAUUAAGCAUAGAGAGGAAACAUGUAUUUCUCCUUACUCGCAGGCAUCUUAAAUACCUUAUAUCUACCACAAAAUGUUUAAAAGACAAGAUAUUGACUACCAACUACUACCAUACUACUAAUUUUCUUAAAUCACUAAUUUCGAUGUUGAUAAAUGGUUUUGUAUAUCAUCCACAAACUUUUUGUAAGAUGUGAUGAUUUGUUCAGCUGUGUAUCAAUUUUAAAAACGUUUUAAGUAAGUCGCUCAUUAGGCUAAUUUGUACUGUAGUCUUUGCACAUUUUUGCAUUUAAUUUUUUGCUUUAGUUACAAAGGUCAACUUUAACCAACUUGUACAUAUAUUUUGUAAAAUAUAGUUGCUAUCCAUUUUAUUCCCUGUUCAUACAUAAGUUUCAGUAAUUCUGCACAAAACUUGUCAGCUAUACCAUCUUUAGUUUUUUUCAUAGUUGAUGUGACUUCUUCAAUGGUAAUUGGAGAUCCUCUUUGGGUUAAGGAUAUUCAAAUGAUUCAUCACAUCCGACAAAAAGCUAAAUCAAAUAGUCAUAUUUCAUGCUUUAAGUAACUCAGUAUCAUCGCCUUGUUCAUAUAGAACACAAGUAAUUUCAAGUAGUAGUUCUUGGAACCUGUUUAAAAAGUUUUCACAGCUCAACUACCUUAUGUAGUUGAGCCGUUGUGGUUAUAAAAAAGUGAAUUAUCAAAUUAUAUGAUACAGCAUAAAACACUUGCUCGGGUACCUCCGUCGCUUAUAAGCGUUCGGUACGUAUUUAUAUAUUUAUUUACAUUUCUUAGUCGGGAACACGUAAAAGUAAGUUACAAAAUAGCGGCAUCCAACCUGUUAAUAGAAAUAAGUUUCAGGCGGGAAAACCUGUUAACAAAGGGUUUAAUAAAAAAUGAUUACUCAUUGUAAUUUAUAAACAAGGAAUUUCACAUUGGAUUGAAGAAAGGAAACAACACACCACAUGAAAUCUAGAAACAUUCACAAAAAUGGAUUUAAAGAUGACAACAAUAUGAUAUGUAAACAUCUUAUCAGAAAAGUGAAAAAGUCAUGAAAUAAAUACAUCACGACAUUUAAAACAAUGAAUACACAUCUAUUCUGUCCAAAAUCAAACCUAACAACACCAAAAAAGUGAUCAAAGAAAUGCAUCUAUAAAACAUCCUAUGAAUACAACAAUUUCUAUGUGGGAGAAGCCACAAGACCACAAAGUGUCAGGAUAAGUAAGCAUGAAACAUACACCAAAAAUACAGACUUUAACAUAUCACAGAUAUGCAAACAUGCCUGGCACAAUGAGCAUAGAGUAAUAUGGAAAGAUGCAUCAAUAGUCAUGAAAGAAUUUUGAACUAAAAGCAUGGCUAUUUGCCUACAAGAUCGAGGCCAAGUAAGUUACACAUCAAGUUGAAGAACAUAACUAUCAAACAACUAUUUGUUAGAAGAGCUCACUACUUCAAAAUAAUCUUUUUUUGAAAACUAUUUCUAGAAUGGAAAUUAUAACAUCAAUAUUGUAGUUUAUUUCCAUACAAACAUAUUUAACUUAAAAUAACAGUUUUAAAAAUUGUAUGAUAUAUUUAUUGUUUUUAUAAAUUAAGAAUAUUAUCAAUGUUGGCAAUUAUUUGAAAAUUAAACAAUAGAUAAUACUACUAUAGAAUAGUCUCUACAGCUUAUGGUAUAGACUUUCUUUGUGAUGUAGAUUCUUAAAAUAGGUUAACAUAUAUCUAUACACUACAAAGAUAACCACCAAUAAACUACCAAACCUAACUAUAUCACAGUUAAUUAUUCAUAGUGACCUGACAACAUGAUUAUUGCUUCAGGUUUAUUUGUUAGCUUAUUAUUAAUUAUUAUUAUUAGUAGUAUGAGGUGGCUUAGCUGCUCAUAUUAAACUACAGGGUGUUUGAUUACCAAUGAGGUCUGAAGGUCUUUAUUACUAGUAGGUGAUCAUUCUAAAGCCACUCCUAAAUCUAGCUACUCUGAGAGAUUAAAAUGGUCACUAAAAUGGUAACUGGACAUUGUCUUUAAGAGAACACCUAUACAAACUAGGUAAGGUGAAUGAAUCAUAGUACAGAAAAUGAGAACUGGAAGAAGAGACUGCCAUACACAUCCAUGCCAUUGCAAUGUGCUAAGUAAUAUGAGGCAGGAAUUCACUGGUCAAUUGAGGAUUGAACCAGAAGAGCUUCUAAAACUACCAAUAAGGAAUCUGUUGGCAUUCAUAAAGACCACAAGUAUGGUAUAAAGGUGCCAGAAAUUAAUGAGUCUUGCCAAAACUAAGAACAAGACACCAUGGUUCAAUAAAUUAUUAUUGUGAAUGUAGGAGGUUGGAGGCCUAAAUCAUAUUUUACUAGAAUGUCCUAACAAUCAGAGACCAAAACUUUGGUAUUUCCUUGAGUGUAAUGUCUAAUAUACUAUAAAAUUCUGUUCUUUUACUCCAAGUACAAGAUAGUUAAUCCUCCGAUUAUUACUGGAAAAGUCUUUACCUAUGUUAUGUAGACCUAUUAACAUUCUAUCUCAAGGGAAUUAUGUUAUAUUUAAUAAUAUAUGAGGAAAUAAUUGUAGCUAAACAGAAGAAGAUUAAAGGAAGUACUGUUUGCUGAUACAAAACACAAAGUACUUUCACUUAGUUAAAUGUGUGAAUUUUCUAUGAUAUGGUCCAAAAAAAGAUAAGAAUAAUACUAAAAAUAAUUCACUUUUGGCUACUUUUUUGGAUACUUUUCAGUUACAAUUACAUCCCUUUAAAGAUUUGAUAGGAACAUUGCAGAAAAUUUGUACAUUUACAUUGGCAACACUGUGUUGUGUAAAGUUUGACAACAAAUUGGUGACAGUUUGUGCAUAAAAAUUAUUUAUAAAUAAAAGUCUUGCUGAUGUUACAGAAUUUCAAUUAUAAACAAUAUAUUUUGUAUCUUAUUUAUAUUUUCUCUUACAAAUAUAGAUAGAAAAUCAAAAGUUUUUAAUUUGUGUUAUUACCAAAUUAACUAAAUAUUUUACAAUAUAAAAAUAAAAGUACAGAAAUAUAAAGAAUGACAUAAUGAUGAACACUCCAGUAAAUAUAGAUGGUCAAGGCCUUAAGUGAACAAUACCAAACAUUUACACUAUUUAACACUUUUGUGGAGAAUUGUGUACUUAAUUAUUUAAUAAUGAAAGUCAAUUAUUCAAGAAUCCUUGUUUGAAUUAACACAUUUAAUAACAGCACUCAUAUUUUUAUAUUACUCCUGCAGUACAAAAAAUGCAACAUAUUCGUUAAUGAUACAUAUGAAUUCAUCAAAAGUAAGUAUUUGUUGAAAUAAAAACAAGAAGGAAUACUAAAUACUUUGGGAUUAUUUUAAGAUCAGUGAGUAAUUAUAGAAACACUAAAAACAGUUUACAUUGUAAAUGAAAAAAAUAAAACAAAUGAAGCCGUCAUUAUCUCUGAAGCGCUGACUAUCUGCGUUUUAAACAAGGUCUAACGUUUUAAGAAGAUCAAGAUGUAGGAAUGUAGAUACAGCAUGUGAUAAUGUUGCAUAAGUUUGAAAGAUUAAAAUAGUCCAACUGGAAUUAAAUUGUUCCUGAAGACUCCAGUAGGUUGAUUGAUUGUUAAAAACAUUGUAUAUUAUUAAAGAUAUACAAAAAUGUAGUUUAUUCUUAAAUAAAUAUAGGUCAAAUUUCAUUUCGAAAACGUGCUCUUGUCAAGGGUGGACUAUAGAAAAAAUAGAAAAUGUUAUAAUUUAUAUUGAACAUACUAUUUCAUUUGAAAUAAAGUAUUACCUUUUAUUAAAUAACUUAACACUACACAAAAACUCUGUUAAAAGCAUGAAAAAUCAUAAUACCCCAGUUGCUAACAACACAUGACACCCAGAC